UAGCGUCUCUAAGUACGUUAGGGCGGGCUGUCCAUUACAGUAGUGUAGUAGUUUAGGAUAGCCUGUCCACUUGAAAACUGCGCCGGCUUCGAUCUCACUUUUGUGAUAUUUCUCUUUUGGUUGGUGUAACAUAACGGCGGAAUCAUAAAUUCAAAAUUCAAAGCUUUUGCCGCUUCCGUGAGGUGUCAGAGUCCAUGUCAAAGAAAUCCUUCUUCAGAAUACGAGGAGAGCAACAGUGGCACACGGUAGUGUGUUAAAAACACGGCUUUUUCUACCGUAGUCUACGACAUGUCUGGUGAAGCGGAGGGAUUAUGGACGGGCGAAAUCGAAACAAGUUUUCAAGAAGCGCUCGCAAUCUACCCGCCGUGUGGAAGACAAAAGAUAAUGUUGUCAACCAAAGACAAGAUGUACGGGAGAAACGAGCUCAUUGCGAGAUACAUCCUCAUGAAAACUGGCAAAGUUCGAACUCGCAAACAAGUCGCCAGUCACAUUCAAGUUCUGGCCAGGAAAAAAAUCCGCCAGUUUCAGUCAAGGAUCAAAGAGAAGACAUACGUAAACGAUGGGUUACAAGAAAUGAUGACGAUGUCCUCCGCGGAGAUUCUGUCGCCUGUCGUGCACCACGGAAGCGAAGGCUACGAAGCCCCGUCAUGUUCUGAUAUUCCGCCUGGUCCUCCGCCAGCGUUGUUACCGUGCUAUUCGACUCCGGCUCCGAGUCAACAUGGACAAUUAAUGAUUGAAAUCCCCCGAGCCCGAACUCCGCCGAAAUUGCAGUUCCCGCCGGUAGCGAGAGAGCACAUAGCAGGAAUACCCGAAUUUACGCCUCCUCGCACGCCUCCUCAUAAACUUGAAACCAACUUCCAAGAUAAUACUUUUCAAAGUAGUUUGACUUGGGAAGUACCUGAUAUUACUCAGGAAUUAAAUUACAGGGAGACACAAGAAGAGCUCUCUCCAAAGUCUGGCAUCAGCGGGAGUCAUAGUAGUAACAGCACGUGGCGAGCGAUUCCGGAAGUUAUUUACAGCACAAGAUGCAAAGAAGAGCCCGUUAUUUCAACUUGUGUCUUAGGCGUGUCAGCAUCGUCCACUUUGCCGGAGACACCGACAUUCGAUGAUUAUUUGGUGUACGACGCUGACCAGACUUGUCCCUCUAUUGACUUCUCGGACAUGUAAACAGUGGUAAUUAUGAAAAGAGCAUUCUUAUUUCCAUACUUGCAUGUUUUAUUUGUAAUUUUUUUAAGAAGUGUUCACAUUGUGUUUCAUUGUUUGCAUAACGCGUUCUUCAACGGAGCUUCCUUCACCCGUUUCAUGACUUUAAAAUCACUUUCCGUUUCGCCAACCUCUUCCUUUGUCUAACAACCUGUCGCGAAGAAGCUUCUCGUGUCGGGUACUUUCAAGUGAAAUUUUAUUUUUCUAACCAUCAGAUCAAAUUAAUGUGAAUUUUGUCUUCAUCAGUAGGAAAAAUAUGUUGCGAGGAAAAACAUUUUAGGUUCGAACGGAAUUAGU